AGCGAGAGACACUGUCUUGCAGCUCAGACUGGACCCGGCAUCUCACAGACAGCGUCACUGUGAAAAGAUAAAUGGAGGCACAAUUUGACAUGCCCAUGGACAAGAAGGCGACCAUGAAAAAGAAGGCUGCGGGCGGAAGCGGAUGUAGCCACAUCAGCGCGCCCAAAGCUGCCGCGUCCAAUUGUAGGAGCAGCAACAGCGGCAAUUGUGUUGACUCUGUCCCCGCUGCUGCUGCCAGCCAGAGCGCCCCAAGUGUGAAGCAGCUCGGCGUGGCCAGCAACGCCGUCAUGGACGAGGCUGAGGAUGAUGAGGAGGAGUCCAAGUUUCAGCAUCCGUGGCUGCGCCGAGUUGGGGGGAGCAGCAGUAGCGGUGGUGGUGGAGGCGGAGGAGGUAGUAUCAGAAUGAAGAACUUUAAGCCAGGAGGGGGAGCCGUGGCCACGGCUACCAGAAAUAACUCUACAAACGAGCCCAGCCUACUGCAAGCGGUGGACGCGCCUGCUGCCACUGAGCCCACCGUAGCAUCCAAAGUGAUUGAUACCACAACGUGUCUGGGAGAUAAUGCCGGGCGCGGCGAGACCAACAGAGUGGCAGGGGCGGAGACGUCUGGAGCAGCCAUCACACUAGAGGUUUUAAACGCGGCAGCAGGUGAUGGUUCCAAUAGCACCGCUCCAAUUUCAAGAAUGAAAUGCAACAAAAACGGAGAAUGCAGGAGGGACUCCGGGACCGGGAGCCUGCGCUCGAUCAUCUCCAACAAGACUGCCGGGGCGGGGAGGGCCGAAGACGGAGGGACCCUUAGGCGUGGUGCCUGUAACUCAGCCAGGGCCAGCAUGGAUGGCUCCAUGACAAGCUCCAUCACGCAGGGCCACGGGGAAGUGGGCGCAAACCCCGGCAUCACCCCGGUUUCCACCGGCGUCCCCGAGAAAAAAGACUCCAGGGUGUCCUUCUCCAACGCGCCGAGCAGGAAAGCCUCCUCGUCGCUGCACGGCUCGACGCAGACCCAGACGACCCAGCAGCCCAGGAAUUCUGUCACCUUCCAGAAGCCCGAGGAGGGACCCCAGAUCCAGACCGAGGAUGCCGAGCCCGGCGGAAGCACCUUCAUGCAGCGACAAUUCAGUGCCAUGCUGCAACCUGGAGUUAACAAAUUCUCCUUGCGUAUGUAUGGGAGUCAAAAGGCGGUGGAGAGGGAGCAAGAGCGGGUUAAAUCAGCGGGCAAUUGGAUUAUCCACCCCUACAGUGAUUUCAGGUUCUACUGGGAUUUCACAAUGCUUCUCUUCAUGGUGGGUAACCUGAUCAUCAUCCCGGUGGGCAUCACCUUCUUCAACGACGGGACAACCACCCCUUGGAUCAUCUUUAACGUMAUCUCCGACACCUUCUUCCUCAUGGACCUGGUCCUCAACUUCCGCACAGGCAUCAUUAUCGAGGACAACUCCGACAUCAUCCUGGACCCCAAGACCAUCAAGAAGACGUACCUGAAGACCUGGUUCAUCGUGGACUUUGUCUCCUCAAUCCCCGUGGAUUAUAUCUUCCUGAUCGUGGAGAAGGGGAUCGACUCUGAGAUGUAUAAGACGGCCAGGGCCCUGAGGAUCGUACGCUUCACUAAGAUCCUGAGUCUGCUGAGGCUGCUGAGGCUGUCCCGGCUCAUCCGCUACAUCCACCAGUGGGAAGAGAUCUUCCAUAUGACCUAUGACCUGGCCAGUGCGGUGAUGCGUAUCUUCAACCUGAUUGGUAUGAUGCUGUUGCUGUGUCACUGGGAUGGCUGUCUACAGUUCCUGGUUCCCAUGCUGCAGGACUUCCCCUCAGACUGCUGGGUCUCCCUCAACAAGAUGGUGAAUGACACCUGGUCGGAGCUAUAUUCGUUUGCAGUGUUCAAGGCGAUGAGCCACAUGCUGUGUAUCGGCUACGGUCGGCAGGCCCCGGAGAGCCUGUCUGAUAUCUGGCUCACCAUGCUCAGUAUGAUCGUCGGGGCCACCUGCUAUGCUGUGUUCAUAGGCCAUGCCACAGCACUCAUCCAGUCCCUGGACUCGUCCCGACGACAGUACCAGGAGAAGUACAAACAAGUGGAGCAGUAUAUGUCCUUCCACAAGCUGCCGUCUGACUUCCGACAGAAAAUCCAUGAUUAUUACGAGCACCGGUACCAGGGGAAGAUGUUUGAUGAAGAGAGCAUCCUGGAAGAGCUGAAUGAACCACUCAGAGAGGAAAUUGUCAAUUUCAACUGCCGUAAACUGGUGGCGUCCAUGCCGCUGUUCGCCAACGCAGAGCCCAACUUUGUGACAGCCAUGUUGAUCAUGCUCCGCUUCGAGGUCUUCCAGCCCCGUGAUUACAUCAUCAGAGAGGGUACCAUCGGCAAGAAGAUGUACUUUAUCCAGCACGGAGUCUGUAACGUCAUCACUAAGGGAACCCUGGGAAUGAAGCUCACUGAUGGCUCCUACUUUGGAGAGAUCUGUUUGCUGACACGUGGCCGGCGUACUGCCAGUGUUAGAGCGGAGACAUACUGUCGUCUCUACUCCCUGUCUGUGGACAACUUCAAUGAGGUUCUGGAGGAGUACCCCAUGAUGAGACGGGCCUUCGAGACAGUGGCCAUCGACCGACUGGACCGCAUAGGCAAGAAGAACACCAUUCUGAUGCACAAAGUGCAGCACGACCUCAACUCCGGCGUCUUCAACAACCAUGAGAAUGAGAUGAUCCAGGAGAUUGUCAAGUACGACCGUGAGAUGGUCAAACUGGUGGACCUCCAGAGACCCCGCACCAUGUCCAUGACUUCCUCCGCCCCCGGGGGCAUGUUCUCCCCUGCAGGCCCUUCCGGGGCUGGRGCCCUCGCUAGCCUCCAGCAGGCUGUGGCCAUGAGCUUCUGCCCCCAGGGGAUGGGGCCGAUGGCGGGGUCAGGGACGCUGCAGUCCCCCCGCAUGUUGCGGAGGUUCCAGGUGGUCCAUAGCCUGUCCCAGAGCCCAGUCUCCGCAUCCCCUCUCCAGUCCCAGCCACCCCAGAUGGCUCAUGCAACAGGGGCGUUUGGGUCGGCUAUCUCCAGCCCACCAGUCCAGAGCCCUCUGACGCACCAGGGACGKACAUUCCAGUACAUGGGAGGAGCAGGGCCCUCUGGGUCUCAGCUGUCCCUGGUGCAGCACCAYGUUCCCAGUCCCACGCACACCAUCCAGAGGCCCUCCUCGCACAAGAGCACCCACUCCCUCCACUCGGGCACCCUGAGCCAAGACGCCCGUGCCCUCUCCUCCUCCCAGCUCUCCCUCCCUCAGGAAGGAACCCCUGCUGUCGCCCUCAGCCCUCCCCAAUCAACCCACCCAUCCACCCAUGCCUCCUCCACCUCCAUUGGCCCUCCUCAGCCCACUCACCCUAGCCAGCCGGGGCCCUCCGGGGUGGGGGUCCAGGUUGAGGGAAGACCCACGGGAGCUCCACAGCGUGUGGCUUUCGCCUCUACUCCUCCCCCAGGAGCACCCGGGAUGGSGGCGGCUGUGGCGGCAGCUGGGUCGGGGAUCCCGGACUCUGGUGUCCCCAACAAGGAUUUGAUCGAUAGCCUACCGGAGUUAGACUCGGCCCGGAGCCGGCUGUCUUCUAACUUGUGACCCUAUGAGAGGUGCAGGAUAGAGGCCUUUACGUAGGUGAAUCUAAACCUCUGUCUGAAUGACCUGACUGGUUGGCUUCCUUACCGACAUGGCCGGCAGAAUACGGGCCACAUCGUCAGUCAUUCAUACAGAAUGUCUUGUGUGUCGGUCAGAGUCAACAAAGAGGAAAGAGGAACUCUGUGACUCGUGUGAUUCAGAGAGUCUAAACAAUUAAACUAGUUUAACAAAGGUAAGACUGGACUGUUCUACUGUGCCAGCACCUUUAUUCUUAGUAGUACCCCUUACAUUCUGCUUCCAAACACCUAUAUUGCUGACUUUUACUGUAAAGAUAUCGAGAAAGAAACUGUUGCAUACUGUGUAGAAUCCAUACAGCGCAAUCUAGCAGGAGCUGGACUUAAAAACGAAAAAUCAGGGACUUGAAUCAAAGGACAAUGAUGACAUUCUACGCUUUCAGAACGUGUUUUUGGGUGUCCUUUUUUUCUGUAUACGCUGUUGUAGCAAAAAUAAAUACAUUGCUCUUCACAUUGUUUAAAAUAGUGUUUUAGACCGCUGGUCGAUCUUACAUCGAUAUGUAAAUAGUUGAAAUAGUAAAAAAAAAAUGACCGAAAGAUAGUAUCUUCAUUGUAUCUAUUCUAAACCAAAGUUGAGCUUGAACACGAAGUUUGGUUGUGUCUGUAUCAACUAAAAAUGAGAUCCAGAAGAAAAUGCCAUUUAUUUAACUGCCUUGAUUCCAAGUUUAGAAGCCAUAUAUUUGGUUUGUGUGGGUGUAUAUAUAUAUAUUGGUUUGUGUGUGUGUGUGUGUGAGAGUUGGUAUGCAUGUUUUUGGUUCCAUUCUGUUUUUCCAAGAGAGCUGACAUGUGUACUCAUAUCUUUACACUGCUUUGUCAGGCAUGGUUGGUUGGAUUUGCUGGCAAUGGCACAGGCAAUAUUUCCCAGCUUCUCUGUUCAGCUAAAUGUGUCUGGGAAGAUAUCCACUUGUCAUGUUGGCAGAAAUAUACAUAUCGUGACACUGGAGGCAAAAGUGGUGGUAAAUUGUCUGUGCUUUAUCAAAAAGAACCAUUUCAAACAACCCACACUGUAUACUUGCUUGUUUUCGUCCAGGUUUAUUGAUUAAUACAUGCAAUAUAAUUCUGCAAUACUCUUACCCCGCCUAUAUGUAUAUACACUCAGUUGCCAGUAUAUUAGGUACACCACCCUGUUCAAGAAAAUGGUUCGCUCCUACAGACAUUGAGUCACGUGGCCUUGUUAUAUAAAGCAGGCAGACAGCCAUCAAGGCAUUCAGUUACUGUUUGAUUGAAUGUUAAAAUAGGCAACACAAGUUACCUAAGCUACCUUGAGCGUGGCUUUUCAUGCACGGCAGUGUCCAGGGUUUACCGAGAAUGGAGUGACAAACAAAACAUCCAGUCAGCAGCAGUCCUGUGGGC